UGCUGUUUUAUUUAGUUUUGUUCAAAUACAUGCAGCUUGGUAAAUAUAACGCUUUUUUCAAUCAAUCAGUAAUUAUAGUGUAUAGAGAUGUUAACAGUUUGGUAAAGCUCACACCUUGGCAUUGAUCACAUGAGAAUUUUAAAUGUUUAAUAGCAUCUCUUGCAGAAAUGCUGAUGCAGCAUCCUGGGAUGGCAUUUGCUCACUCUAUCAAAAGAACAAGCUGCUUGUGUAAUGACUUCCUCUCUCUAUUAUAUGUGUUUGUGUGUGUGUGUGUGUGUGUGUGUGUGUGUGUGUGUGUGUGUGUGUGUGUGUGUGCGGCUGAACUUGUGGAGUGCGGAUUUGCUGGUCGAGCGCAUGCCUCCCUCUGCCUGGCUCCUUAUAGCGCCGGGCGGGAGGCAGGAAUUCUGACCGAGUGGUACGGACAUCGCCGCCGGAGACCACAAACACGAAGCUCUCCCUUUAAACAAGGUCUCAUGAUCGACAGCUCUUUCAAUCAGUUGUCCUGGCGUGGAGGAUCAGGGCGAACGCACAUCCUCCUCGACUGAGCAUCAGGAGCAGCUGACACUCAACCAAUCCAGAGGACGAGCGGCAGAUUUUGACCUGUUGAUGAUGCAUCAGCUGUCUGUGACUUCCCUGUUGCUCUGUUUGUGGCUGCUGGAGCGCUGCCAUGGCAACAGCCACAAUGAUCUGCACACACAGUUUGGCAUCAGCCUCUACCAAACAAUCACAGAGAUGGAGAACAACUCCAACCUUAUCGUGUCCCCAGCCAGCGUCUCAUUGUGUCUGGGUCUUCUGCAGUUCGGUGCCAGGGGAAACACUAGAGCACAACUUGAGGAAACUCUGGGAUAUGACGUGAAUGAUGCUCGAGUGCAGGACAUUCUGUCUCAGCCACAAGGAGACCUGGGUAAUUCCAGUGAUAGGGUGCGGCUUCAGCUUGCCAAUGCCUUAUUUGUCCAAAGUGGUGUGAAACUCCUGCCAGAAUUUACCCAGCAUGCCUUGGGAUGGGGUAACAGUAGUCUACUGAGUGUAAACUUCAGUAAUCCAAACCAAACUCAUAGUCGGCUACAGCAAUGGACACGUUCCCAGAGUAAAGCUGAUGACCAUCUCCAGACAAAAGAGGAACAGCUUCAGUCCAGUGAGUCCCAGGAAGAGGACUCCAGGCAAGACAGUUUACUGCACAUGGCCCUUCUGAGCACGGUGGUGUUUCACGGUGCCUGGCAGAAACAGUUUCUCUUCACUGACACCCAGAACCUGCCCUUCAGUCUCUCAGAUGGCAGCACAGUCAAAGUUCCGAUGAUGUACCAGUCAACUGAAGUCAAUAUUGGGCAUUUCCGCCUGCCGUCCGAGCAGGAGUACACAGUGCUGGAGCUUCCGUACUUGGAUCGCUCACUCAGGCUACUGGUGGCCUUACCUAGUGACCGGAAAACCUCUCUUUCCCAGCUGGAAAAGCAGCUCACGGCCCAUGCUUUGGGACUGUGGGAUACUGGAUUAAGACGCACUAAGAUGGAUGUAUUUCUGCCCAGAUUUAAGAUGCAGAGCAGGUUCAAUCUGAAGCCUGUUUUACAGUCUCUUGGUGUCUCUGAUGUCUUCAGUCCCUCAGCUGCUGAUUUUAGAGGCAUCUCAGAUGGAGAAGGGCUUUUUGUAUCAGAGGCUUUCCAUGAAGCAAGAAUAGAAGUGACAGAGGAAGGGACAAAAGCAGCUUCAGCUACAGCAAUGGUGCUACUGAAAAGAUCCCGAUCAGCGGUUUUCAAAGCAGAUCGACCAUUUCUCUUUAUCUUAUGGCAGAUGAGUACAGGGUCAUUGCUGUUUAUAGGUCGAGUUCUGAAUCCAGCUGAGAUGUCUUGAGAUGAUACAUGCAAUCACGACUGCUUCAAAGGACAUAUACA